AUGCAUUAUGUGACAUUUACAGACUUAAACAUACAUUACGUGGCUGCUUACCUCCUUGCCACGCUUGGUGGCAAAACCAGCCCCAGCACCAAGGAUAUCAAGAGCAUCCUUGCAAAUGUAGCAAUUGAUGCUGAUGAGGAACGCCUUAACAAGGUCAUCACUGAACUCAAUGGGAAAAACAUUAAUGACAUCAUCAAUUCAGGACUCUCCAAGUUAUCCUGUUUUCCAUCUAGUGGAGCCAUUGAAGUAGGAGCUGCUCCUCCUGCUGGAAGUGCUUCUGCUCCAAGUGUUACUGCAGAAGAGAAGAAGGAAGAAAAGAAGGAAGAGUCUGAUGAGGAUACGGACUUCGGACUGUUCAAUUAA